CUCUCCCUCUCAGAAUCCGACUCUCUCUUUGCCUCAUACACCUAAACGUUUCAAACUCCUCUUAUUAUGUCGUCAAAAGGCAUUCGAGAACCAUCCAAUCUCAAUUCUCUCUCGCUCUCUACACGCGACGCACAGACUACAGUGGCUUGUAGCAUCUGCAACAAAGUAUUCACCACUAAGAGCCACCUGCGACGACACGAAGCGAGCCAUGUGCCGGUAGCCAAGCUGACUUGCAAUCACUGUGGUGGUGUAUAUCGGAGAAGGGACGUUCUACGUCGCCAUCUCAGAACAUGUAAGAAGGGUGGUGACUGGCAACCUCCCGACCAUGGCAAGCCGGGAAGAAAGCGGAAGGCCUGCAAUGCCUGCGCUACAGCUCGAUCAUUCUGCGACGGGGACUGCCCGUGCGAGGCCUGUCUGCAAAGGGGCUUUGUAUGCUCAUUCGCCCGUACGCAUCAGCAGUCCCACAAAUCCAUCUCUCCCAACAGGCUUCCAAGCCAGCAAUUGCCCGGGAGCCUCGCUACCCCGAGCCCAGCGACGCCCAUCUCUCAGUCUGUCAAACUGUCAAUACCCUUCCUCCUGCAUUAUACGGAUGUCGAGAACGAAUCAAGAUACGAGAGUCUCCGACUGCUGUCUCAGUGCAACCCCGCAGACUCGAGGUCCGGUUGCUGUGUCGUGAACCAUCAAUCCCACCACCCUCCCAUCAUCACCGAAUCCUGGGAAAGCCUGUUCAAAUCAUUCAUCAACACUGCUACUUUGGAUACCGCCUGCAGCCUACACGCUGCUCCGGGAGACCGGUUUGACUUGAGGGAGCUCGAAAACACGUCGUCCAAGAUUUUAUCUCUGUUGGCAAAUCGUCAGUAUCUCUCAGAAGAACGACUGAUGGACAUAGACAGAGCGAAGCAGCUCUUCUCGCCGCCGAACAUCGCCAAAUUUCUUGAAGCCUUUUUCGACAACGCCUUCCACAACCACUUCAUUAACCCCGCAACCUUUCGCUUGAGCAAAGCAUCCACGCUUCUCAUCCUAACCAUGGUGCUCCUCGGAGCGGUCUACACCUCACCGUACAAUGGCAGUGAUCUAGAAAUGUACUCCAGCAUCACCGAACACCUUAUAUUCAGCGGCCCGUCUUUCCAGCAGUUAAUCCAUCCAGGCAUCAACGCCCUGAACGACGCCAGGACUCUAGAAACCAUCCAAGCCGCGAUGCUCGUGGUGACUCUGCAGGCGUACAAGCAUGACCCGGACAGCAUCCGACGAGUCCGCCUGCAACGCCUGCCAGCGCUCUUCAGCGCCAUCCGCAUGCUGAACCUGAACCAGAUCACGAACGACUGUAUUCCCAACGUCUCUGGCCGGGACGCAUACCUGCUCCGAGAGGGGCUUGUUCGCGUCAUGGCCGGCAUCUACCUCCUAGACUGCUACUGCGUUAUCUUCUUCCGCUACCCGACCCAGCUCCGGAUCGAGGAGGUACUCUUCGCGAUCCCUGAGCGGGACGACCUGUUCAACGCCCGUGAUGCCACAGAAUUCGAGCAGCUCGCCGCCGUCCCCAGCGAGCCAGGGCGUAAACCCCGCCGGGUCCGAUCCGUCCUGCGUGACCUGAUGCGGGCCGAAGGUCGCGACCCCCACCGUGAAGAUUACCUCCCUAGCACAGUCCUUGGGUCGUUUCUCGUUCUGUCGGCACUCCAAUGUGUCCUGUUCGAUUUGCUGGCCGUCCACGCCCUCACGGACGAACCCGGGAUUUUCAAUGCGGUCGAGCGGGGCUUGGACCGAUGGAAGGCCCACUGGGAUGAUUUGUCCCGCGGCGCGUCGGAUUCACCCAGCACGAAACGGGCCGGGUUCAUCAUCCAUGCGGUCGAGUACUGGUGGGUGGCCAAGGCCCUCGUCAGGCAUCCGUCCGUUGCCGUGCCAGAAUACACCACCACUACCACCACCACCAACAGCAGCAGCAGCAGCCAUGACGACCACCACGAUAGCUUUCGUCGUCUGGUGGACAGACUGACGAUGAGCCACUGAUGGGUGAGGACUUCGGGCUUGAUGAGGAUGCACCAGAGCAUAAGCUGGAAAUUCUAUCACCCCUAUCUUCCCCAAGCUUCCUUUCUCUGUGCUCGAGCACAGAUCUCCGACACAGCUAUUCAUUUGUACGUAGGUACUCACUGUACUAAAUUGGUAACAGUACCUUUGACAGGAUUCUGCCGCCU